UCAGAUAAUUACCUCGAAGUAAAUGACAGACCAAAUGACCGACAAUUUGAGUCUCUCUUCAAACGGAUCAUAUCUGUGGACAAGUGGUCCCAACCAGAGACACAACAAGACAUUGAGGACACAAAGAUUGUGGGCUUUUGCCUGAAGACUAAGGACUUGUCGACCAAUGAGAAGCUAUUCGUGAACUUCUGUCACUCAUCGAUGAUGAAAGCACCGACUCUUGACUUGAAUGAAGAGGAAUUGCGACAACUGUUGGCCUCUGAAGACUCGACCACACCGACUCUUGACUUGAAUGAAGAGGAAUUGCGACAACUGUUGGCCUCUGAAGACUCGACCAGUUUUACAAUUCCUCUCAUUUUAAGCCAAUUUAAGCCCACAGUAGAUAAGAGCGGAUCCGAUGACGGCAACGAUGGCUUAGAUUAUGAAUACGUAAACACUAAUAUUAAUAAUAAACUCAUUGAAAAUAUUAAUAAUAGUAAUAAUGACGGCAACUAUGGCCCCAAAACCAAGUCCGACUCCGAUCGAGUCAAACGACCGCAAACUCAAACCAUUCUCAACCAUAGCCCUCUCGUGUAG